AUGUGGCUCCAGAGGCGGGGGGCGUUGUCGCAACACCAUCACGUGAUGGGUGGUGACCGGAAAGGUGGCCGAAGGCUCGCGUCCCCUGCUUUGCGUCUUCCACCACCUCGGCAUCCGAACCACCACUCCACAUCUGGUUGCAAGAGUAUAUGUCCUAGUAUGCACCCAGCUCAAAUGCUUCAGGCGAUGCAAGACGUUGCUCGGGGUAAGAAAGUGCCGAGUUUCACGACACGGCUCAAGAAAUUCCGUGCAGGAUACAAAGUCAGAAGCAACCCAGCCCCUGUCCCACACGACAAUAGAGCGGCAGGAACAACGCUCGAGCCCGAUGACCAGAAAAAUACCCAGCAGUCACUCCAAACCAUUGCGCCAAACCCCCAUUCCAGGCCGCAACGGCCGCGCAUACGCAUUCCUCUCAUCGCUCGAAACUCUUCACCAUCCACCGAGACAUGCGUGCACGACGGUGGUUGCGAAAGUCCAUUGGAGUCGUAUCCGACGACCCUAGUCGGCUCACCUGCGUCAUGGUCUCCCAAGACCGCCUCCCGAUCCUCGCUUCUCACCCUCGAUUCUCCGGAAGAGAAGAAAGCUCUGCAGCCCCCGACGUCGCCGGAAGACCUCGAAGCGAGCGAAGAAGAUGACGGCGCACGGGACGAACGCCAGUGGCGCGACGAGAGAAGCCGCCCGAUCGCCCGCAACGACCAUGGGGAGGGCGCGCCCUCUUGUGUCACGAAUCCUAGACCAUCACCGUUGUCGUUGGUGGACCUCGCCCCCAGUUCGACUCCUCCACGACCCGCUCCACUGCAUGCGCUGCAAGGUGCCUUGGGGGAAACCGUCUGGUACAUGAUCGGGUCGCAACUGGACCAGCACGACCUCACGCGCUUCGCAAUGAUCUGCAGCGAGACUCUUCUCGCCGCAGAGAGCCUCAUACACCGCCACCCGGCGAUCCGCGAUGAAGACACUAUGGUCGCUUGGGCAGCGGCACUCGAGAGAAACUCCGACAGAGCACAUCUCGUGCAGUCACUCACUGUCGGGUGGGACACUGAGGAGGAUGUGAAGGGAGACGCCGCGAUCGCGUUCGCCGCUGCGAUCGAACUGUUGCGCGCAAGUAAGAAUCUGCAUACGCUGAACGUCUUCGCAACCGCAACUGCAGGCAACUUUGGGUCCGGUCACAUCCUACCCGCAAGCGUCCGCACGUUGAACACGUCGGGCGCGUUCUUCUCCCGCGUCGAGCAGCCACUGCCCCCCCUGCGGCACCUGAGCAUUCGCGUAGAGGCCAACGAUCUCAAUAAACUUCGAACGCCAAUCUCUCUGUGCAGAGAAACGCUCAAACAGCUCCGCAUUUGCCUGAAGUGGCCGUCGCCAAUGAGAAAGCGGGAGGACAACCCGGUACGAUUGUGCUCCCACUUAGACGCCCCUAACCUCGUGUACUUAGAGUUGCACGAGGAGAGGUCGGAGGAUGCCGAAUCUCCGGUAUUUGGUCUGGAGGCCCGUGUGGGCUGAGGGGGCUCGCGAUAUGCUUCCGGGUGGAGCAUACGACGAUAUCGUUCAUAGCUACCCCACGAACGUCUUCGCCCUCCUCCGCUGCCUGCGGAUCUUCGCUUUCGCCCUACCUGACAACCAAUACUUGUGCUUCGAAGGAGGGGCAGAGAAUUCGAGGGACAGCCAUCCACAGGCAGAGACUAUCUGUCUGUGGAAGACGAUGAGGGAACGAGACAGGAGGUUGCAGCUUUGACGGAGAAUGUUUAUAGUGGCCGGUUCGGUUCAACGGUGCUUACCUG